CCGGCGCCAUGGCCGAGCGGGGCCGCCUGGGCCUGGCCGGCGCGCCCGCCGCGCUCAACACGCCGGUGCCCAUGAACCUGUUCGCCACCUGGGAGGUGGACGGCUCCAGCCCCAGCUGCGUGCCCAGGUUGUGCAGCCUGACCUUGAAGAAGCUGGUGGUGUUCAAAGAGCUGGAGAAGGAGCUCAUCUCGGUGGUGAUUGCCGUCAAGAUGCAGGGCUCCAAGCGGAUCCUGCGCUCCCAUGAGAUCGUGCUGCCCCCCAGUGGACAAGUGGAGACGGACCUGGCGCUGACCUUCUCCCUGCAGUACCCUCACUUCCUGAAGAGAGAAGGCAACAAGCUCCAGGUCAUGCUGCAGCGGAGGAAACGGUAUAAGAACCGAACGAUCCUGGGCUACAAGACGCUGGCGGCAGGCUCCAUCAACAUGGCCGAGGUGAUGCAGCACCCCUCCGAGGGCGGCCAGGUGCUCAGCCUCUGCAGCAGCCUCAAGGAGGCCUCAGUCAAGGUGGCCGAGAUCUGGAUCUUCUCACUGUCCAGCCAGCCCAUCGACCACGAGGACAGCGCCAUGCAGGCGGGGCCCAAGGCCAAGUCUGCAGAUAACUACUCCGAGGAAGAGUACGAGAGCUUCUCCUCUGAGCAGGAGGCCAGUGACGAUGCCGUACAAGGGCAGGACUUGGAUGAGGAGGACUUUGAUGUGGGGAAACCCAAGAAGCAGCGGCGAUCGAUAGUAAGAACGGCGUCCAUGACCAGGCAACAAAACUUCAAGCAGAAGGUCGUGGCAUUGCUGCGGAGGUUCAAAGUGUCGGAUGAGGUCCUGGAUUCGGAGCAGGACCCUGCAGACCAUGUCCCCGAGGCAGAGGAGGACCUGGACCUCCUGUAUGACACGUUGGACAUGGAAAACCCCAGCGACAGUGGCCCGGACCUGGAGGAUGAUGACAGUGUCCUCAGCACCCCCAAGCCAAAACUCAGGCCCUACUUCGAAGGGCUGUCGCACUCCAGCUCGCAGACAGAGAUCGGGAGCCUCCACAGCGUCCGGAGCCACAAGGAGCCUCCAAGUCCGGCUGACAUGCCUGAGAAGACCCGGGCCCUGGGAGGCAAGCAGCCCAGCGACAGCGCCUCUGACACGGUGACCCAUAGCACGCCCGCCCCUGGGGAGCAGCCAGCACAGCCUGAGGACAGCCCAGAGGCAGAGACCUCCGCUCUGGACGUGUUUGCCGAGAAGCUGCCGCCCAGCGGGCGCAUCACCAAGACGGAGUCCCUCGUCCUCCCCUCCACCAGGUCUGAGGGGAAGCAGGCCGGCCGCCGGGGUCGGAGCACGUCCCUGAAGGAGCGGCAGCCCGCGAGGCCGCAGAAUGAGCGGGCCAACAGUCUGGACAACGAGCGGUGCCCAGACACGAGGAGCCAGCUGCAGAUCCCCAGGAAGACCGUGUAUGACCAGUUAAACCACAUCCUCAUCUCUGAUGACCAGCUUCCUGAGAACAUCAUUCUCGUCAACACCUCCGACUGGCAGGGGCAGUUCCUGUCAGAGGUCCUGCAGAGGCACGCGCUCCCCGUGGUGUGCACCUGCUCUGCGGCGGACGUCCAGGCGGCCUUCAGCACCAUUGUCUCGAGGAUCCAGAGAUACUGCAACUGCAACUCGCAGCCACCGACGCCCGUGAAGAUCGCCGUGGCCGGGGCGCAGCACUACCUCAGUGCCGUGCUGCGGCUCUUCGUGGAGCAGCUGUCCCACAAGACCCCCGACUGGCUGGGCUACAUGCGCUUUCUCGUCAUCCCGCUGGGCUCCCACCCUGUGGCCCGGUACCUGGGCUCCGUGGACUACCGCUACAACAACUUCUUCCAGGACCUGGCCUGGAGAGACCUGUUCAACAAGCUGGAGGCCCAGAGCGCCGUGCAGGACACGCCGGACAUCGUGUCGAGGAUCACACAGUACAUCGCAGGCGCCAACUGUGCACACCAGCUGCCCAUCGCGGAGGCCAUGCUGACCUAUAAGCAGAAGAGGAAAAAGAACUUUCACUUUGACUUUACCCUCAGCCCUGACGAGGAGUCCUCUCAAAAGUUCAUUCCUUUCGUAGGGGUGGUGAAAGUUGGAAUAGUGGAACCGUCCUCAGCCACGUCAGGUGACUCCGAUGACGCGGCCCCCUCGGGCUCCAGUGUGCUCUCAUCCACCCCACCGUCCACGUCUCCCGCGGCCAAGGAGGCCUCGCCCACCCCGCCUUCCUCCCCGUCGGUGAGCGGGGGCCUGUCCUCCCCCAGCCAGGGCAUUGGUGCCGAGCUGAUGGGGCUGCAGGUGGACUACUGGACGGCAGCUCCGCCCGCAGACAGGAAGAGAGAGGUGGAGAAGAAGGACCUACCCGCCACCAAAAACACGCUCAAGUGCACCUUCCGGUCUCUCCAGGUCAGCAGGCUGCCCGGCAGUGGUGAGGCCGCAGCCACGCCCACCAUGUCCAUGACCGUGGUCACCAAGGAGAAGAACAAGAAGGUGAUGUUUCUACCCAAGAAAACCAAGGACAAGGACGUGGAGUCCAAGAGCCAGUGCAUCGAGGGCAUCAGCCGCCUCAUCUGCACGGCCAAGCACCAGCAGAACAUGCUGCGGGUCCUCAUCGACGGUGUGGAGUGGAACGACGUGAAGUUCUUCCAGCUGGCGGCCCAGUGGUCCUCCCACGUGAAGCACUUCCCCAUCUGCAUCUUCGGACACUCCAAGUCCGCCUGCUAGCCCUGCCCCGAAGCCCUGGACGGCGAGCGCCGGGAGGGCCCAGCUGCUUUUCUGUUAACAUUUCAGUUUACUACAGAGACCCUUAAAAACACAAAGAAAAACAGUCUUAGUAUGAAUGUGCUCUCCACCCGGAAACUCGCCAGGAGCCCCCACCCCUGGAGCCCAUUAACUGCUCUGCCCAUUAACCAGAUGUGCCAGGGGGGCGGGGGAGGCGUGGGGAGGUCGGGCGGGCAGCACUGAGCUUGGAGAACCACGAGGUGUGUUCCAGCCUCAGGACCUCCCGAGCCCCCCCAGCAAGAAGGGUCCUCACCUUCGCGUCCUGUCCUUCCUGAAAGCCAGGACUCUGCUUCCUCAGGGAGCUGGGGUCAGGCGGGUGGCCGCACAGAUCCGCGGGUGCCUGUGUGCGCAGGCACAGAGCUGGGUGGCUGGACGCUGAAGGCCGGCCUCCCGUCGGGAGUGCCCUGAGCAGAACAUGGAGGCUGAGCAGCUGUCCAGCGGCCACGAGACGCCCCAGCACCGCCCACUUGUGGUUCCCAAUAAACUCCAGCCUUGCGGGGCCGCGGAGGUUUUACAGUAGCAGA